AUGAUUUGGUUAUCAGAGAGACAAAGUAUGUAACAAACUAAUAUAAAAAAUAAUCAUACUAACACAUUUAAGAGUUUGGAGUUGGUUUCACUGCUGGUGGGAUAUUUUUUUUCAUAUUCGGAAUUUUCACAUUUUUUGAUUCUGGUUUUUUAGCAUUAGGUAACAUAUUAUUCAUAAUUGGGUUAAUAUUAAUCAUUGGACCACAAAGAACUAUAUCAUUCUUCACAAGACCUACAAAAAUUAGAGGUACAAUAUGUUUUAUAUUAGGUAUAUUAUUAAUUUUAAUUAAAUAUUCAUUUAUUGGGUUUAUAAUUGAAUUUUUUGGUAUAUUAGGAUUAUUUGGUGAUUUCUUUGGUACAAUUAUUCAAUUUUUAAGAAGUAUACCUUAUAUUGGUGAUGUUUUAAGUAAUCCAAUUAUUGCACCUUAUAUUGAUAAAUUAGCAGGUAUAAAUAAUCAACUACCAGUAUAG